AUGUCUGUGGCCCACGGGAAGAUGGGACUCUCCUUGACUCAGGAGAUCCUCAGUCACCUGGGCCUUGCCAACAAGACUGCAGCUUGGGGCACCCUGGGCACCCUCAGAACCUUCUUGAGCUUCAGUGUGGACAAGGAUGUACAGAGGCUGCUGAAGGCCAUAGCAGGCCAAGGUGUGGACUGUCUUGCAAUUCUGGACGUGCUGACCAACCGGAGCCGAGAGCAAAGGCAGCUCAUCUCUCGAGCCUUCCACGAACGCACCCAGCAGGACCUACUGAAGUCCUUGCAGGCAGCACUCUCUGGCAACCUGGAGAGGAUCGUGGUUGAUCUGCUGCAGCCUGCAGCCCAUCUCGAUGCCCGGGAAUUGAGGAAAGCCUUGAAGGGCUCAGGUUCUGCUGAAGAUGUGGCCUUGGAAAUUCUUGCCACCCGAACCCCACCCCAGCUGCGGGAGUGCCUGGCAGUCUACAAACACAAUUUCCAAGUGGAUGCUGCGGAGGACAUCAAGUCUGAGACCAGAGGCAUCUUGCGGGACUUGCUCCUGGCCCUGGCCAAGGGGGGCCGCGAGGCCUACACUGGAAUCAUUGACUAUAAUCUGGCUGCACAGGACGUCCAGGCGUUAAAGCAGGCUGAAGGACCCAGCAGAGAGAGGAUGUGGGUCCUUGUCUUCACCCAGCGCAAUCCCGAACACCUCGUCCGAGUGUUGAACCAGUACCAGUGGGACACGGGGCAUGAGUUGGAGAAGACUGUCCGGGCCCGUUUCCAUGGAGCCGCCUGCGUGGCUCUGCUCAGCCUAGCCUUGGUGAUUCGGAACACACCCCUGUACUUUGCUGAUAAACUUCAUCAAGCCCUCCAGGAGACUGAGCCCAAUUACCAAGUACUGACGCGCAUCCUUAUUUCUCGAAGUGAGACUGAUCUUCUAAGUAUCCGAGCCGAGUUCAGAAAGAAAUAUGGGAAGUCCCUCUACUCCUCCCUCCAGGAUGCAGUGAAAGGGGGCUGCCGGUCAGCCCUACUAGCCCUGUGCAGGGCGGAAGACCUUUGA